GCUUAUCUGGGGACACAAGCAAGCGGAAAGCAGUCAUUGCGGACAGAAUGGUUGAAAUCCUUCUCCAUUACGCUGAUCGGACUUUGAAGAAAUGUCCUGACCAAGGAAAAAUCCAGGUUAUGGAGCAACAUUUUCAGGACGUGGUGCCUGUCAUAGUUGAUUACUCCCUCUUACUCCAGCGCACGGAUCUAUUGUUUAACCAGAUAUAUGAUAAGAUGAGUGAGAAUUCUGUAGCUAAAGGCAUCUUUCUGGAGUGCUUGGAGCCAUACAUCUUAAGUGAUAAGCUGAUGGGAAUCACAGCUCAAGUGAUGAAAGACUUGCUGCUUCACUUCCAAGACAAGAACAGGUUGGAAAAUUUGGAAGCCUGCAUUGUGCAUAUGGAUAUCACCAGCUUAGACAUACAGCAGGUAGUUCUUCUGUGCUGGGAAAACCAUCUCUAUGAUGCCAUGAUCUACGUCUACAACAGUGGGAUGAAUGACUUCAUUAGCCCCAUGGAGAAGCUGUUCAGAGUCAUCGCUCCUCCACUGAAUGCUGGGAAGUCUCUCACAGAUGAGCAGGUGGUCAUGGGCAACAAGCUGCUUGUGUAUAUAAGCUGCUGCUUGGCAGGCCGUGCGUAUCCAUUGGGCGAUAUUCCUGAAGAUCUGGUACCUUUGGUUAAAAAUCAGGUCUUUGAAUUUCUCAUCCGGCUGCAUUCAGCUGAGGGAUCUGUGGAUGAAGAGGUCUACCCUUACGUUCGUACCUUGCUGCACUUUGACACUCGGGAAUUCCUUAAUGUUCUUGCUCUGACUUUUGAAGACUUUAAGAAUGACAAGCAAGCUGUGGAAUAUCAACAGAGAAUUGUGGACAUACUUCUGAAAGUCAUGGUAGAGAAUUCCGACUUCACCCCGUCGCAGGUUGGCUGUCUCUUUACCUUCCUUGCCCGUCAGCUCGCCAAGCCCAACAACACGUUGUUUGUGAACAGGACGCUUUUUGACCAGGUCCUUGAAUUUCUGUGCAGUCCGGAUGAUGACUCCCGCCAUUCGGAGAGGCAACAGGUCCUCUUAGAAUUGCUCCAGGCAGGAGGGAUAGUACAGUUUGAAGAGACCCGUCUUAUCCAAAUGGCAGAAAAAGCAGAAUUCUACCAGAUUUGUGAGUUCAUGUACGAACGAGAGCUUCGCUAUGACAAAAUAAUCAGCUGUUACCUGCGCGAUCCCGUGAGAAAGGAAGAAGUUUUCAACUAUAUUCACAACAUCCUGUCCAUGCCUGGCUACAGUGCUGAAGAAAAGCAGUUGGUGUGGCAGAAAGCUUUGGAGCAUGUAGAGGAGUUGCUGUUGCUGAGCCCGUGUAAAGCAGCCGACUUGGUAGCCAUUCACUUCAGUGAGCAGAUUGAGAGCAUCAUUACAAACCUUCAGGACCAGUUUUUACUCUUCCAGUUUCUGAGGAGUCUCCUGGAUCCAAGAGAAGGCAUUAACCAAGACCUGAUACACUUACCGCCCUGCAUCACUGAGCAGUUCAUUGAGCUGCUGUGUCAGUACAGCCCAGACCAGGUUUUGGAGACACUUAAAGUUCUGGAAUACUGCAGACUGGAAGAAACCAUCCAGAUAACCCAGAAACAUCAGCUCCAUGAAGCUUCUUCAUAUUUACUGGAGAAGAAAGGAGAUAUCCAUGGUGCCUUUUUGGUUAUGCUUGAGCGAUUGCAGAGCAAGUUGCUGAUGCUUACACAAGAUGAUGAAAACUCAGCUGAACUCCCCUUGCUAGAAAACGUUGAAGAUACUUUAAUGAAGACAAUUGCCCUUUGCCGGAGGAAUUCACACAAUUUAGACCAGCAACAGCGAGAGGCCCUCUGGUUUCCCCUGCUGGAGGCUAUGAUGUCCCCCCAGAAAUUAUCUGGUUCUUCACAGUGUCGAUACUCCAAAUCUUUGAAGAGUUUGACAAUGCAGGUGCUGAACAACAUGGCUGCAUUUAUUGCUCUUCCUUCAAUCCUGCAGAGAAUUCUACAGGAUCCAGUUUACGGAAAAGGGAAACUUGGAGAAAUUCAAGGACUUGUCCUGGGAAUGCUGGACACUUUUAACUAUGAACAAACCCUUUUAGAGACAACUACGAAUCUUUUAAACCAUGAUCUCCACUGGUCCCUGUGUAACCUAAGAGCGUCUGUCACUAGAGGGCUUACCCCAAAGCAGGAUUACUGCUGCAUUUGUCUACAGCAGUACAAAAGAAGGCAAGAAACUGCUGAUGAAAUCAUUGUUUUCAGCUGCGGCCACUUGUACCAUUCGCUGUGUUUGCUGAGUAAAGAGUGUGGGACGGUAACCAAAGGCAUGAUGAGAUGGAUGUGCUAUAAAUGCAACUCCAGUAACAAGGGAGGAAAACUGAGCGAGAACUUCUCAGAGCUAAAAAAAGGAAGUGGAGCAUCCUUGGCACAGACAAGCUCAGAGUCUCUGUUGGACCCUCAGCAAAUCCAAGCUUUUGACCAACUCUGCCGGCUCAACCGAGGAACCUCCAGACUAGCUCUCCUGACAGAACUGUCUCGCGGCCAUGGCAGUGAAAAGCAUGGGCUGCUCAGCGUUUCCCACGGUGACCCGGCCACCAGCAGUGUCUUCCAGAAUGAGAACUUCCAGCUCCAUCUGGCCCCCCCUCCGCUGGCUGAAGACUAG